AUGCGCAGUUCCUCCUCGGCGUGGACUGCCCGAUACCUGUACGACAAACUGGCCGGGCCUCCUCGCUUCCACCUGGUCCUUUUUGCCUCUUCGCUGGCGGGCACCGAAGUGCGGCGGCGCGUUGAUGCGUUCCUUCGAUGUUUGAAUGACCCGAAGGGCUUUUAUGCCCGUCUCGGUGGGCCGUCCCGCUUCAAUGUUGUAGUCAUCCUGAAGAUGCUACCAUUCCAGUGGAGCGGCGCCAACGUGGACCCUGGACUGGCUGCUGUCAGAGACGCGCUGCCGGAGGGCGCGACGGUUGUCUUCGAUGACAAGGCGCCUGAUGAGGAUGCCCAUACCGUGUGGGGAGCAAACCAUCUGACUGGCGGCGUCGCGGUUAUCCGGCCGGACCUGUGGGUUGCUUCAACGUCUUUCCCCGACAGGAUGGAAGGUGUGUCUGGACUCUUUGAAGGUUUCCUGAUCUAG